AUGGCUGAGGGAGAAGGUCAGAUAAGCCAGAUGGGACAGUCGAACAAAGUUGCUUCUUCCACAUGGUCGGAGUGGUGGAGUUAUGAGGGCAUAUCAGGUCCAAACUUCUGGGGUGUUAUUAACCCGGACUGGACACUCUGCACUCAAGGCAAAUACCAGUCACCAAUAGAUAUUGACCCAAACGUACUGCUGUAUGACCCAAAUCUUCGGCCUCUGAAUUUCACCCCAGGGAAUUUUUUUGGAGAUGUCAUAAACACAGGUCAUGAUUUGACCAUAUAUCUGCGUCCCACGGACGAGGAAAAUGAGCUGCCGCUGAUAACUGGGGGACCUCUGACCUACAAAUACCGCCUCCAUCGUCUUAUAAUACACUUUGGGGCAAGUGAUGAUAGAGGUUCGGAGCACAGAAUUGCUGGCAAAGCUUUCCCAUUAGAGAUUCAGUUGGUGGCCUAUAAUGAUGACUUGUUCUUGAAUAUCAACCAAGCUUCUCGCUCCAGCUUUGGAAUUAUGGUGCUUAGUCUACUAGGACAGGUUCAUGAGCCCAACAGUAAAUUAUUGGAAACUAUACUACAAGUUGUACCAAAACUUCGGUAUAAAGAUUACAGCCAAAGUAUUCCGGAUUUGGCCCUCGGGGAACUGGUUCCAAAUACCAGUCAUUACAUAACAUACGAAGGCUCCUUAACUCACCCAGGUUGUCAAGAAGUUGUUACCUGGAUAAUUCUAAAUAAACCGUUUUUCGUGUCAACCAAACAGCUUGAUGUAUUAAGAAGCAUAUACAAAGUAGACGAGACAAAAGAUAGAAGUAAAAUGGAGAAUAACUUCCGUCCAGUGAAAGCAUUGAACAACCGAACAGUUAGAACGAAUAUACGCCCUCAACAACAGAAGGACAUAGGGUCUACACAGCACAAGACAAGACGUGACAAGGCCAUUGAUCGGACCAAACGCAUCGGAAAACUACUGCAGGAAAAUGUUGUGCAGAAACGGAGCAGUGGGCCGAUGAAACUGAAGGCAAGUUCUAUUCACCGUGCCCACAAGAGAGCUCUAGGCUAG